ACCCACCACACCCCCCUUCUCACUCUCACACUCAACUUCCACAGCUCUCAUCAUUUCUAUCUCUACGAAAAUCCCUCUCUCUCUCACACACAACUCUAUCUGUGAUCCAGUGAGGUUUUCUGUUGUUUUAGUUCUCUGUUGAUUCAAUUUCUCUCUCUAAUGGCUCUUGAAGCUUUGAACUCACCCACUACACCAACACCUUCGUUUCAGUAUGAGGAAUCCCAUCUUCGCUAUCUUGAGCAGCCCUGGGCUAAAGGGAAGCGCUCCAAACGACCACGUAGUAUGGACCACCCACCUACUGAAGAAGAAUAUCUUGCUCUCUGCCUAAUUAUGCUAGCUCGUGGCGGCGCUUCCAACACCACCGCCUCCAAGCGAAACCAGUCGGCACCGCCGCUGCCACCGUCAGCACCACCAUCCGAAUCAAAGCUCUUGUUCAAGUGCUCAGUUUGUGACAAGGCUUUUGGGUCUUACCAAGCUCUAGGAGGUCACAAGGCCAGUCACCGAAAACUCGCCGGCGGAGGUGGAGAUGAGAAUUCCACCACCACCACCUCCACCACCACCACCACCACCACCAACGUCACAACCACUAGCGGUAGUGGCAGGAUCCACGAGUGUUCCAUCUGUCACAAGUGUUUCCCAACUGGCCAGGCUUUGGGAGGACACAAGAGGUGUCACUAUGAAGGCGGUGUAGCUGCUAACGGCGGUGCCAACAGCGCAGCAACCACGUCGGAAGGUGUGGGGUCCACCAACAGCCACCGUGGGUUUGACCUGAACAUGCCCGCUUUGCCGGAAUUUUGGACUGGUUUCGGCGACGACGAGGUUGAAAGUCCUCAUCCGACCAAAAAAUCUCGUCUUUCGCUGCCGGCAAAAAUUGAAAUUUCUUAAAAUCAUUAGAUUAUCAAUUUUGGAAUUUUGAUUUAGGGCCAAUAGGAAAUUGAUUGGAAUCUUAAGCACUUACUUCCUUUUUUGUAAUUUUUUUUUGUUAAUCUUCAGGGUUAUUGACAUUUUUUUUUUUUGGGUAUAUACAGAGUAUGAACUCUCUAUUUUGUAAUGGUUGUUGAAUUCUAUUCAAUUUAUU